UUAUUUACCAUGCAUAUAGAUUAGUAGUAGGUCAUAGAUGAACUGUUUUAGCUCAGAUUUGUAUACAUAUAUGAAAUAGAGAUAAUGGUUAAAAAUACACCUGAACAAUCACUUUCUGGCGGGUUUCACAUCAGUUUGUUCCUUUUCCUUACAUGAACUAAUGUAUUAAAACAACCUAGGUGAUAGUGGAGGUAGGAAAAGGAAUAACCGAUAGUUUGCCUAGUCAGUUUCGAAGUGUGUUUUAAUACAGAUGGUGAUAGUUCAGGUAGGAAAAAGGAACAACAGGUAGUUUAAGUGCGAAACUCGUGAAAAAUUGAUAGUUCAGGUGUGAUAUUAUCAUCAACUCUAUAAAACAUAAUGAAGAUUCGGACUAAUUUCUUGUUUAUUAGAACAAUUUUUUUGAUUUCACGUUGAAAUUCGUUUUCAGAUUGAGGAAUAAGGAUGUCGAUAAUCAGCGAUGCAAUGGUGAUGAAAUCAGCAGAUUCACAAACAGUUAAAGCAAAACUUACAGCACCAAUAGAUGUUGAUUUCGCUAAAUGCGAUUGCUGCGGUUUGACAGAGGAAUGCACUCUAUCAUAUAUAGAAACAAUUCGCCAGCGGUAUCAAGGGAAGUGGAUUUGCGGAUUGUGUGCUGAGGCAAUCAAAGACGAGAUCAUACGAUGCGACAUGCUUAUCAGUACUGAAGAGGCCUUGAAUCGUCACCUCAACUUCUGUAAGAACUUCAGUUCGUCUAGCCCGCCUUUAAAUCCGACUGUUCAUUUAAUCGCUGCGAUGAGGCAGAUUUUGAGGAGGAGUUUGGAAUCUCCCAAGUUGCUUAGGUCGAUGUCUAGUACUCCAGCAGAAAAUAGUGGAGAGAUGAAACACGCGGUGAUUAUUCGAUCGGAGAGUUGUAUCCCAGCAAUUUCGUUGGGAUUGGAUGGAGGUUGUGAAUGAAACAUUGAAUCCGUUUUCAACUCAGGCAUGUUGGGGAAAUUACUCAAGUAACGUGUUAAUUUAUGUUAAGACAACAGGGCAAUUGGCAGUUUUAUUAUGGAAUGGAAUAGUACUACUUGCUCUAAAUUUACUGUUGGUCAGUGUGUUUGAAUUGUAGUACUAACAUUUACUUUGCCCAACAGAUUUUGCAGUUUUGAUUAGCUCUUUAUGUGUCCUGUAAAUAUUCAUUUAUAUGAGAAAGCCUUCUUUUAGCUUACAAGCUA